AUGAAUGGAAAAUACGACGCGUUGUGUUUAUUUCCGUCGGAGGUGGGCGUACUGCACGCUUUCGCUUUCCAAUGCGUUGAUAUCGUCACCGUCACAACUAAUCAGGAAACUGUAGGAGGCAGAAAAGAGCAUCGUAAAAUAGAUAUUGAAGAGGUUAGAAAAAGUGUUAACAUGCUGAAAAGAGGAAAGUCAGCCGGGCAUGAUGGAAUUACAGCGGAAAUGUUACAAAAUAUGAAUACUGAAUAUAUGGAAAUGUUCUCAACAUUAGUGAAUAAGGCAAGGGAAGAAAAGCAGGUACCUGAUGACUGGAGGGAGGGAAAAGUAAUCCCAGUAUUUAAGAAAGGUGACACCACAGACUGCAACAAUUAUAGGGGUAUUAUGCUAUUGAGCAUUCCAUGUAAAAUAGUUGAUUAUUUGAAAUUUGGCUUCAUUCCAUCAUUGCCGGACAAACAAUCGCCUAUGAGCCUAUUAUGCAACGAAGUUUUGGGCAAUGACGCUAUGAAACCAUCUAAACUGCAAGAUCAUCUGACAAGAUGCCACCCUGAUAAAACAGAGAAAGAUUUGAAAUACUUUCAAACUCAAAAAUAA